CAAAGUCUUGGCGCUGAUUUUUUCUGUUAGACAAGAUGAUCGGAAGAGAUGCUGGUUCGAUUUCCGACGGUGUCUUACCUUCGUCACGACUUACUGCAUCGUCGCCAUGUCGACGAAAUGGUUUAGUUGACGCCGGAAAGAGAGAUGUUUUCUAUGGUGAAAAUGACGUGGCAGAUUUGAUGUUUAGUGAAGAAGAAGACAUGGUGAUGAGAGCUUAUAGGAGUGACGACGCCAUGAGGUCUCUCCAAGAUAUGAGAAGACAAGGCAAAAGGUUCUUUUGUUGUGAAUGUUUCGACUUUCUCAGACUUGUUUUCUCUGGAAAUCGCAACUAAUAAUCCCCCUAACCACACGUCUUGUAAAUCGUUUUUC